AUGUGCCUGCGUGGCUUAUGUUAUCAAAACUUUAAAAUUGAAAUAUUGUUCGCAGAGUGCCAAUCAAAGUGUCAAUUAAAUAAUCUGACGGUCGUUGAAUUCAGGGGUCCAGAGAACUUGACAACAAUGCAAGACAUACUGUUCACCACUUUUGAUAACAUUUAUACGUGGUUGAAUAUUCGCGUAGUGAAUGGCAGCGAGUUUUAUUGGAUUUCUGAUGACAGUCCAGUUCCAAGUGAUUUUUAUGAUCCGCCCUCCUCCCCUCUCUUUGGUCAUGCAUAUUAUGAAGCAGCGAUCAUGAAAGUGAAAGCAACUGGCUCGACAAAUAGGAUGUACUGUGUUUGCUUUAACGGUCAACACAACAGCAACGUCAACAGCUUUAGCAGUGACGUCAACAACUUCAGCAAUGACAUCAACAAAUUCUGCUAUGACAUCAACAACUUUUGCAAUGGCAUCAGCAGCUACGACAAAAUUUACUCAAACAACUACAACAGCCAAAUCGAAAACAACUUUAUCAGCAGCUACCACAACUGCCCCCAGGGCAGCAUAUCAGCAGUUGCGGACCCACCGGAAUUGUGUGGUGGGCAUCUUACGAAAUGUUCUCCAACUUCCAACCUGUCAAUUGCUGGAUCAAACUUCUCUGCAUCAACCAGUCUUAAACUGCUAGGUGAUCCUCCCGAUUCGUCUCCAGCUUCCAAAGCUCACACUUCUGCUCUCACCCAAAUAUGUAAUUACCUUGUUUGGUCAAUUUACCACAUUCGACCUUUUCUCAGAGUUGAAAUGGCCUCCUCGCUUUCUUGUAUUAUCUCGCCUUGA